UCCGACGAGGAGAUCUGGGAGGCGUUCACGGCCUUCGACCUCGACAAGAACAACUUUGUGGGCGCCGCGGAGAUCCGCCACGUGCUCAUCAACAUCGGCGAGCAGGUCACGGACGAGGAGGUCGACGAGAUGAUCCGCAUGAUCGACCGCGACGGCGACGGGCAGGUCUCCUUCGCGGAGUUCUUCGAGAUGGUCACG